GGGAAACAAAUCCAUCCCACCGGUAUGCUAGCUACCAUAGCUAGACUUGUGGGAUUGAUCCCAACUCCUACUACAGCACUUUUGAGCUAUGCUCUCUUCAAUAUGUAUUGAAUUCCCAUUGUUGUUGCUGCCAUUUGUACAAGCAGCACGACGUACUACAUGUACCUAGCUAGAGCUACCGUACUGUAGCACUGACACCGUCACUCCACGUCUCCGCAUCUGAGCGUGGUAAUUCCUGCCGUUGGGGCUGUACCAUCUUGCUUCGUGAAACCCUUCUUGCCUGGAAAACAUUCUUUAGUUGAGGAGAAUCUUGCGAGCGGGCCUGUGCUCAAGUGAUUGAACCAGGUGGUUCGCCGGUUCUGUUGUUUGUUUCACAGCAGCUGCUCAAAAUCUUCGCUGGGAGAAGGCACACAGAAGGCUCAAAUGACGCAUUUUUCUCUCAAAACCAAGGCAGUGUCUAACGAACAGGGCUCUGGUAAGGGAUUACUAGUGGGGGGUACUUCGAGAGAUUGUGACUUGCUAGCGACUUGUUGAAGCUUGUUCUUUGGUGGAGGUUACCCUUUAAAUAAGCUCAUGUCUUACAAAACUGAUUGAUUCGUAAAAAUUGCUAAUCUGAUGAAAUCUCGUGGAUUUGAAUCAUAUAUGCCAUUAUUUUCUCUAAAUUAUUUCUAAACCAUGCUUGGGAACGUGUUUGUGAAGUGUCUAGGACGACUGUGACAUGUUAGACAUGAGUUUCAUGCGUCAGUGGAACCCAGUUCGACGAGGAUGCUCAGCGCUUGCGCGCGAGUGCAGGCUGUUACUGCAACAGGCUCUGCAACCCAAUCGAUGACAAGGCGAUGAGAAUGUGAAUGACUAGGCGAGUUAGAUUUCGAUGACAAGAGCCACCAUGCCCACCAAAAACAGGCCGCUUCAGCAAACCAAUUGCCUCGAUUCACUACUACUAUUAAUACCACAACACGUACUGAAUCAUCAGCUGCUACAGCCCACACACUAAUACUACUAGAAGCUAGCAGUAUACCUACCUUUGAAUAUGGAACAGCACGUAUGUACUACCGGUAGCAGGAGGCGCUCAUGGCAUGGCUUUGCUGGAAUCCUUCUCUUAGUUCAAUGGGUGUCAAGGGCUUCUGCAUUGAAUCCUGUCGAAAUCAAGGGAUACAAGUUCUUCGACAGCGGAUCAGGCGAUGAGUUCGUGGUGCGCGGAAUUGCAUACGAUCCUCGGCCCAACAGUGGCGCCUUGAAUCGAAACUCGGUGGACUAUUUCACAGAAGAGCAUCGGAAUAUAUGGGAGAGGGAUAUACCCUACCUGAAAUCUUUGGGAGUCAAUGCGGUUCGCAUCUACGCCGUGGACAGUUCCAAAAACCAUGAUGCAUUCAUGUGCGCCCUGAACCAGGCAGGUAUCUACGCAUUGGUAUCUCUUGCCAGCGAUUGUCCCACCUGUGCCAUUACACGAGAUGAGGCUCCCGCAUGCUACCCAACCAGUCUGAAACGACAAGGACAAGCCAUUAUCAAUGCAUUUGCCAAGUACGACAAUGUUCUGGGCUUUUCUGCGGGGAAUGAAGUGAAUCACUUUACUCCCAACAACAAUCCCGAAUGGAAUGGACCUUGUCAGAAAAAGUUCCUGAGAGAUAUGCGAAAGUACAUUGCUUCCUGUCCAAACAUCCGAAAAGUCCCCGUUGGUUUGGUGUCUGCAGAUUCCGAACGAGCUGAUGUAGCCAACUAUUACAACUGCGCCGAAAACCCCAAGGAUCCAUAUGAAAACGCGGAAUGGUUUGGUCUCAAUGUAUAUCCGCAUUGCGAUGGAUCCAUUAAAGACGCUGAAAAAGGAAACGGAUUCGAUAAGUUGAUAGAAGACUUUCAAUCCUAUCACUACUCGAUACCUGCCAUGCUCACCGAGUUCGGCUGUAUCUCCAAGUCUUUUCCCAAUGUGAGUGGUACCGACGGGCUGAUCUACAAAGGACAGCGAACAUUCGACCAAGCCCGAUGGCUGCUGGAAGAGAAAGAACUCCGAGAUCAGUUUGCGGGUGGCUUUGCCUUUGAGUACUCGAUUGAAAUGCAGAAUGCUAUUGGCGAUUCGCCGUACCCCUUCGCCCAAUGGGGGGCCCAGAACUAUGGCAUUGGUUACCUCUCGCCCGAGGAUUGCGACGAUGUAGACAUACCGUGCCAGUACAACCCCGAACCUUCUUUUGGCUACCUCCAAGCCGCCUAUCGCAAUUCCACGGUCUUGGACCCCACAAACAUUCGCAACUUUUCCAUCCCGGAGACCAGGCAAGGCAGGACGACUUGCCCGUCCCAAUUCCCUGCCAUCAGUUCUUUCAAGUGGAGGGCGGAUAGAGUGAGAAAUUUGAAGUGCCCUGCAAGUGGCAGCUCAUCGUCAUUCCAAUGUCCAGCAAACUUGAACGACCUACGCGUACAUCAGACUGACCGUGGUCAAAAUGGAUGGGUGGUUUUCUUGGAAUCGAUCCUGUUCUUGACAGUGUCGUUCGUGGUGUAUUCUUGGCUCAUGUCAUUCGUAGACAAAAUGAGUGAAUACCAAGAAGAGCGAGAACGAGACGAGCCCAGGUGGAUCAAGGUUGUCAUGCCAAGCGUAUCCACAAAAGAUACCGAUGGGGACUCCUUCCUCAGACGAGAGUGCAGGGCUGCUGUCGAUGAAGGGCUGGAACUACUAUAAAAGCACUGUUCGCUACCAGUCUGUCGAUUCCGAUAUGAAAGAGGAAAGAGCUUUCAACCGCUACAGAGGUGGUCAAUCGUUGGAUUCCGAGCCGAACCAGCCAUCGAUCAUUGAAUCCGAUUUGAGCGACGAUUCCUACCAAGAAGGUGCGUCUGAGGACGGUGGGCAACAUUGGCAGGGUGCACAAGACGCUUGACGUUCGUGAGGGAAGGAAACACUACUGUAACAUUAUUAAGCUAUAUUGCAUUCCUAGCAAGAAGGUGCGUCUGAGGACGGUGGGCAACAUUGGCAACGCUUGACGUUCGUGAGGGAAG